CCCGGCCCGACCCCCGGAGCUCGGCGCGCCCGUCCACAUAACCCGAGGACCAUGGAUGCAGAUGAGGGUCAAGACAUGUCCCAAGCCUCAGUUGCUACAUUGGUAUUUUCAGCAUUCGAAGAAAACAAGACCCACUGGACCUACAUGGAAUCUCCACACUGGGAAGGACAGCCCCCCGGUCAGCGACACUCCAGAUGACAGCGAUGAGCCCAUGCCUGUCCCCGAGGACCUCUCCACCAGCUCUGGAGGACAGCAGAACUCUAAGGGGGACAGAGGAGUGGUUACAUAUGGGGCUGAUGGCUUUAGGGACUUUCAUGCACUAAUCCCCAAAGCUUUCUCUCCCAGUAAUGUUAAAGUAGAGACUCAGAGUGAUGAAGAGAAUGGGCGUGGCUGUGAAGUGAAUGGGGAAGAAUGUGCGGAGGAUUUACGAAUGCUUGAUGCCUCGGGAGAGAAAAUGAAUGGCUCUCACAGGGACCAAGGCAGCGCGGCUUUGUCGGGACUUGGAGGCAUUCGACUUCCUAACGGGAAACUCAAGUGUGAUAUCUGUGGGAUUAUCUGCAUCGGGCCCAAUGUGCUCAUGGUUCACAAGAGGAGCCACACUGGAGAGCGACCCUUCCAGUGCAAUCAGUGCGGGGCCUCCUUCACCCAGAAAGGGAACCUGCUGCGACACAUCAAGCUGCACUCCGGGGAGAAGCCCUUCAAGUGCCACCUCUGCAACUAUGCCUGCCGCCGGAGGGACGCCCUCACCGGCCACCUGCGGACGCACUCGGUUGGUAAACCUCACAAAUGUGGAUAUUGUGGCCGAAGCUAUAAACAGCGAAGCUCUUUAGAGGAACAUAAAGAGCGCUGCCACAACUACUUGGAAAGCAUGGGCCUUCCAGGCACGCUGUACCCAGUUAUUAAAGAAGAAACUAAUCACAGUGAGAUGGCAGAAGACCUGUGCAAGAUAGGAUCAGAGAGAUCCCUCGUGCUGGACAGAAUAGCAAGUAACGUCGCCAAACGUAAGAGUUCUAUGCCUCAGAAAUUUCUUGGGGACAAGUGCCUGUCAGACCUGCCCUACGACAGCAGCGGCAGCUACGAGAAGGAGAACGAGAUGAUGACGUCGCACGUCAUGGACCAGGCCAUCAACAACGCCAUCAGCUACCUGGGGGCCGAGUCCCUGCGGCCCUUGGUGCAGACGCCGCCUGGGGGCUCCGACGUGGUCCCGGUCCUCAGCCCGCUGUACCCGCUGCACAAGCCCGGGCCCGAGGGCCCCCCGCGGCCGCCGCCCUCGGCGCAGGACAGCGCGGUGGAGAACUUGCUGCUGCUGUCCAAGGCCAAGUGCGCAUCGUCGGAGCGCGAGGCGUCCCCGAGCAACAGCUGCCAAGACUCCACGGACACGGAGAGCAACACGGAGGAGCAGCGGGGCGGCCUCAUCUACCUGAGCAGCCACCUGGGCCCCCACGCCCGAAACGGGCUGGCGCUCAAGGAGGAGCAGCGGGCCUUCGAGGGCGCGCACGACGCCUUCCGCGUGCUCAGCAUGAGCGGCGAGCAGGUCAAGGCCUACAGGUGCGAACACUGCCGCGUGCUCUUCCUUGACCACGUCAUGUACACCAUCCACAUGGGCUGCCACGGCUUCCGCGACCCCUUUGAGUGCAACAUGUGCGGCUACCACAGCCAGGACAGGUACGAGUUCUCCUCACACAUCACACGCGGUGAGCACCGCUUCCCCAUGAGCUAAAGUGCCCGCCUGCUGCCCACCACGCUGCCCACCUGCCGCGCCCUCCUGCCCGCUGGACCCACUGGGCAUGCGUUUGUACAUGGCUUCCGCCUUUUUUUGAGCUUGGCUGGCUGGGGUUAGUUGAUUUGCUUGGAAGCACAAGGUAGACCCAGUUGCAUUGGAUGCACCAGAACUUCCACCUCGCCAGAAGUCUCCGUAGACUUCUAGGGGAAGCCCCCUCGCCCAUGACCCCCUAGCUUCCCCUUCUCCAAAGUGAGUCUGGGUUAUCAAGAGGAUUAAAUAAAGCAAGGCAGUGCCUGGGAAGGGGCGAGGUGGUCCCAUCCCCCAGCUUUCCUCCGUGGCCCCAAAGCAGUGGCUGUGGUGCCCCACCAGCUUGGCAGAGGAGCCAACACCAGGUCUGCAGUUGCCUGGAGGACAGAGCCAGUGGCCCGUGCCCACACUGAGGCCUCAUCUAGGGCGCAAAGCUGCCAUUCGGAAGAGACCAUGCUAGGCCAUCUCUGCAUGGGAAAUAAACUGUCUAGGACAUGCGCUGUCGGGUCACCUGGACUAGGGAGGGGCGGGACUGAGAGCCUCACAGACCCAUCUUCCGGUUUCCAGGCCUCCUGAGCUUCCCUGGGUGGCAUGGAGCUUCUUGGGGCUGUGGUGAGGUGAACAAGCCCAGUGGUCCUGAGGACAAAUCCGGGAGCCCUGUUCUUUCUCAUUCUUUAUCCCAUUAACACCCCAAAGUCUAUGACUACACUUUAACCACCAGCCAUGGGAUUCGAACCUUCAUUCUCUUUGAAACUCUCAAACAGUCAGCUUCCUCCAAAAUGAAAGCUUCCCUCCACCCCCACCCUCCUUUCUCUGUGUCUCUGCCCCUCCCGGGCCCAUUCUCCUGCGACCAGGGCCCAUCACCCUGCCCUAUUCCAGUCCUCGCCCCAGGCCCCCCUGUCAAGCACUGUGUCUCCCCUCCCGCUCUACCCUGCACUGCUGCAGUUUGGGGAUGUGGAGAGAAGAUUUCGCAUGACCUCUCAUUCUUAGGCCAAGGGAAGAUGUGGAGCCCGGCACUGCAGUUGCCAACACACACAGCUCCCCUGUCUGAAGCUCAGUGUUGAUGUAUUGAAACUCCGCCAUGAAGACGAGGUAGUGUAGGUGCCACACAGAAUUGGAAGUGCGGACUCUGCAGCCUUUACCCCUACAGGGGGUCAAGGGGGUAAAGGUAAAGGGGUUAGGCAGUCAUGUGACUUGUCCCGAACGUGAAGUCCACCUGGCCUCACAGGAAGGGUACUGGUGCUGGAGGGGAGGACACAGUACAACUUGGGUGCCUCCUCUGGGCAGCCUUGGAAAGCUGCUGGUGUCUGCCUGCCCAAGAAGAGCCCUGUCACUGAGGUCAUUACUCUCCACCAUCUUAGCAGAAAAAGCGCCUGUGGUUCUAAGUGUGUAUAGAACUUGUCUUCACCUGAGCUGUCCAAAGUGAACACAAGGAAGUGCAGGGGAAUUGUGGGCGAGCACCUCCACAUUCAGUCUCAGCCAGGGUUCUUCGUGUCAGACAUGAUGGCUGCCUGGCUCCCUCCUGUGGGCUUCUCCUGGGUCCUGUAGGAUACGUAGGCGCAUCCCUGCCAGUGCCUAGAGCACCCCCUAGUUGGCAUCCAAAACUGUCUUCCCAGGGGCAACUCCAGUGAGCUCAGCGAAUCCUAGUCCAGCAGGUGUCAGGUGCCUCCCAAAGACAGAAGGCUUUCCCUGUCACCAAGCUGCAGCGAGACCUGUGCUCCUUUGUUAAGAUCGUAGAUCCAGCAAGUGAAUUAUUCACCUUCAGUGUUCACAAAUACACUUCCUCAUGGGCACUUGUGUUGUGUUAAAGGGACAGAGUUCGCAAGGAUGUCAUUCUUGAGUCAUAGGUUUCUUUGCUUCCGGAACGGUAUGUAGCUGGGAAUAAAACUGCAAUGGUAAUAACACAGUCUCUACCACACUGAUAUUUGAGUGAAGGGAGAGGUAGAGGAACCAAGGCUGAGGAUAGCUUUGGUUUAAUAUUCAGUUAGAGACAGACACCUUGCCUUACCCAAAUCUGUACACUCCAGGUGAGGUCUCCUGGACUCCUGGUGGCUGGCAGACGUCACCUUCCCUACUCUCUGUCAUGUGUCCCAGAGGCACUUGGCCAAGGGAAUUAUUUCUCUAGUGAUGUUCAACAAGCUUAAUCUGAGCUGUAAAUAGUCUUGGCAGGCCUCUCAUUAGAAUGCUUUGUACCUUCCUCUAAUUCAUUUCUUUCUCUUUCCAGCUUUCUUUCUCUUUCCUUCCUUCCUUUCUUCUUUCUCUCUCUCUUUCUUUCUCUCUCUCUCUCUCUCUCUCUCUCUCUCUCUCUCUCUCUCUCUCUCUCUCUCUCUUUCUUUUCUUUCUUUCUCUCAUGUACUCAUAUUGGACCCGAGGCCUUUGCAAUGAAUUACAUCCUCAGCCCUUUUUGAACUUUUUUUUUUUAAACUUCUGAGACAGGGUUUCCCUGAGUUGCCUAGACGGGGCUCAAACUUGCCUCAGCCUCCCAGACUGCUGGGAUUACGUGCACCACCAUGCCCAGCCCACUGCCUUUUAUAGCUAAUAUAAAUGUCUAUUUGCACACCUUUUGUUGUGGUUUUAUAUUGUAACAGCAUUUUGGAGGGGGGGAACUAUUGUAUUUAAAGUAAGGUUUCAUAUUAUGUCAACAGUAAUUAAAUUAUGUUUGAAAAGUGCCCAUA